AUGGGCCGGGCGCUCCUGGCGCCGGAUGCGCUGGCGGUUGGCGAGUUUCUGCCACCACCGCGGGCCGGCCAGGCCGCGCGCGGCUGCGGCGCGGGCUCGCCAGAGGGAGCCGCCGCGGACGCCUUGCACGGGGCGGCAGCAGCCGCGGCCUCCCGCGGCAGGCGGGCCCGCCUCGCGGCCUUCGCGAGCUUCCUGGGCGCAGGGGGCCUGCACUGGCACGCGCCCAUCGACGAGGCGCAGGCCAACUCGACGUACGCCACCAGCGCCGCGCAGCUGCGGAACCCCGCGAAGAGCCCCUUCUCCGCCAGGCAGGCCCUGGCGCCUGGCUCGGGCUACUGGUGUUCCACAGGCAACCACCAGCGGGACCAGAUUGUGACGUGGCAAGGCGCGCUGCACAAGCGGAGGAAGGCCUCUGGAGUCAAGUUCUCUUGGGCCUACGCGCCAGACGAGGUCCGAGUUCGAACUACGGCGGAUGGCAUGCAUUGGGAGGACGCGGUCGGAUGGCACCACCCAGACAACAGGGUGUCUUUCGAGGAGGACAUGCUGUUUGAUCGACCAAGAAAUGUGAUGAACAUCAAGGUUGACAUGCGAGGGCCGAAGCCUUGGGGCUACUUCGGAAUCAACCAAGCAACCCUGGUGAUGUAG